AUUCUUUCUCAGACAAAAAACUUCUUCCACCAGCUAGGCCCUUUACUAAUUAUUAAGUCAUAACUCUGUCAAAUAUACACAUACCCACCCAGACACCACUACUAAUAACAAUUAGCAAUGCAGCCAGUUGAUAUCACAAAUCUGAAUUACAUCUUUCCUUACACAAACCAAAACAUAUAUGAAUCAACUCAUGUUGGGUUGAAUCAAAGCAUCCCAGAAUACCAUCAACUAAGUAGUGGAGGGCUAUGUAACAACCCAGCUUCAUAUUAUUUCCAGAUGGCAAAUCCCCACCUUCAAGAAUUCAAUAACUCACAGGCCACAUGCUGUUUCAGCAGCAACUCGACGUCGGAUGAAGCCGAGGAGCAGCAGCUGAGCUUGAUCAUCGAGCGGAAACAGCGGAGAAUGAUAUCGAACCGGGAGUCCGCUAGGCGGUCCCGCAUGAGAAAGCAAAAGCAUCUGGAUGAGCUAUGGUCUCAGGUGGUAUGGCUACGGAAUGAGAACCACCAGCUCCUCGAGAAACUCAACCAGCUCUCGGACCGCCAUGACCAAUCACUUCAGGAGAAUGCUCAGCUCAAACAAGAAACUUCUGAGCUUCGGGACAUGGUAGCUGAGUUGCAGCUUAACCCCCCUUAUAGUUACCCUAAGGAUCUUGAUGAGGGUGAAGACCACUUUUGUGCUUCAUCUUGAAAUGAGCUUUUUCUUUAGUUUUAAUCACCUAUGUCCAUCCUCUGAUGUGCUCUAGUGCUACUAUUAUGCUGCUACUAAUAAGGUUUUCAUCCUAGCUAGCACUAGGAUGAAGAAGAGGUAAAUUUUACCAAUGAUAUUAAGACUUGGUAUUCAUUUAUGUCAUUAUUAUUACAUUUUGAAGCAAGUGGUCUCUGUACUUUAAUUGAGAAUUAACAACUCAUGAUAUUCACCGAUCAGCUUGUGUAACUUUUAUAACUCGUGCGAUAAAUAUAUAAACUCACACAUAAAUU